AAAAGUAAUAAAAACGUUUUCAAACUAACUUAGAAUAAAGCGAAUGUACUAUCAGCUUAAUAAAAUAUGGUUAAAAAUUUAAAGAGAUCAGAAAUAUUGGUGCAGACCGGAUGAUUACUUAAGCACGUACGUAAAUCCCAGUCGUCAUCAGAACUGGUUUUUGAAACAAGCAGUUAUCUAAAUCAAACUUUUUACUUCCUGUUUCAGGUUUACGAUGUUAAAAAAUUUCGUUGUAAAUGCUGUUGUUGUUCAUUAGAAACCGCGUACCAGAGCCUCGGGUUACACCGUUACAGCAAUAUAUUGUGCUGUCUAAUCGGCAAGUUUAACCUCUUCUUUAAACAUCAUCAGGACAGCUGGAAAUUGCGGAUUCGCAAUCAAGAUUUCGUAUUUACUGCAUGAUACACGGCAACUGUAACAUUGUACAGAUAUACUGCUUUUGCAGUGUUUGAAAUACUUUGAAUAGCGUUUACAUUCAUUCCCCAAAAUGUUAACUAGCCGAAAAGUGCCUUUCGCAGCGUUCUUCUGCAUUGUUUGUGUAUGCCAAAUUCGUGGGGAAAAUAAUUCCACUUCAGAAAGCAAAAACGACACCAUCAGUUUCUUUUGUCAAUAUUAUUCCGAUCAUUCCAUGAGCUGCUAUGAUCGUUACCGAAUUCGCAAUGUAAAUGACACCCUAGAAACCGAAGCUUCGGACAAGGCCUUUGCUAUUAUCGGGCUUGGAGAUUCUACUAAAGGAACGUGGACGAAUGAUGACGGGUUUUUCCAAAUGGGUAACGACAGCGCCACGGGAGACAGACAUUUUCUUGGAUCGUGCAUGUUCGACACUAAUGACGGCGCAAACUGUGCUGGUGCACCGCCGCCGUGCGAUGACGACAAAAUGAAAACAACUGGUUGUGUUGAUGGUGCAAUGUUCCGGGCACUGGCAUUUAGUGGAAGACCAGGAGGACAGAUAAAAGCUGUCCUUCCAGUUGGUUUUCCAGCAUGAGACGCCGGGGAUCAUUGUUGACAUUGGAGUGGGACCCCGCCUUUGGGAAACGAGAAAACGCACGGUCUAAACGCAUUUAUUUAAAGGUCGUCACAACAGUUUUCAAUAAAUUUAAUACAACACAGAAGUGUUCAAGUUAUGUUCGAUUUAAAUCUUUUAGCAACCUGUGGUUGUAUUUAUGCAGACUAAAAAAACCCAGUUUGUUUACAUAUCACAUGCCAUUGACAUUAUUUUAAAAUUGCAAUAUCCGGGUACAGCAAAAUUAUGGGCCCGUUGGCACGACAAUUUUGUGAACUCUGUGUCCAAAUUAUAUUGGGCGUUAAAAGCAAUGCAUUAACUUCGUACGGCAAGAUCUUCGAAUACUUGAUAUAUAUUUUUAAUGUAUUAUAUACCACGCACUUGAUUAAUAAAUAUU